AUGCUAUUUUCAUCCCUCAUCGCAAGCGUUGUGACCUUUUCGGGUGCAGUUUCUGCGCUACCUCAUUCUCAGCCGUUCAAAGAGGUCUUGGGCAAGAGACAGAGUACUACGGCCAAUGCUCUAGAAGUCGAUCUGGGCUAUGGAAUCUACCAGGGUACCAGCAACACGAGUACUGGUAUCAACAGUUGGCGAGGAAUUCGCUUUGCUGCACCACCGACCGCUAGUUUACGUUGGCAACGACCCCAAGCACCAUCCGUCAACCGAACUUCAACCAUUUCCGCCGAUGCUUAUGGACCUCAAUGCCAACAAGUCGGCUUCAACGGACAAUCGAGCUUGCAAUCAAGUGGUGCAACAACACCAACCUCGGAAGACUGCCUUUUCCUGAACGUUCAAAGCCCAGCCAACGCGUCAGAUCUUCCCGUCCUUGUUUGGAUUCAUGGUGGUGGAUAUGGUGCUGGCAAUGGCCGACAAGAUUUUACUGAACUCCUUACGACGACUGGAAAUAACUUUGUCGUCGUUUCAAUCCAAUACAGGCUGGGACCGUUUGGUUUUCUCGCGUCUGACGAAGUAGUACGAAAAGGUGUUGCAAACGCGGGACUCUUGGACCAGUUUUUUGCUCUUCAGUGGGUACAGACGUACAUCGAACAAUUUGGAGGUAACACUUCAGCCGUGACCAUAUCUGGUGAAAGUGCUGGCGGUGGAUCAGUCAUGCUUCAAGAUAUGGCCUAUGGUGGCUCUUUGGGCGACUCUCUGUUCCGCAGCACCAUCGCCGCGUCGCCAUACCUCCCCAAACAGUAUGCUUACGACCAUUGGAUUCCGUCACAGAACUACUAUGCUUUUGCCGAUCGUGCAAACUGCUCGGUUACCGCAUAUGGCAACGCAUCCUCCACAAUCUUUGAUUGCUUGAUAUCACAAGAUACGGAGACAUUACAGAGUGCUUCUGUCGAUGUGACAAACACUGCGACAUUCGGAACUUGGGCUUUCUUGCCAGUGACCGACGAUAUCUUCGUUCAGGAUGAGCCCAGCAGCCAGCUGCUUGAGAAUCGCGUGAAUGGGCGAAAUGCAUUGAUCGGAAACAAUGCUAACGAGGGGCCUUUAUUUGUACCUCAAGACAUCACCUCCGAAGACGACUUCCUUACCUGGCUUCGCAACAACUUGCCCGAAUUCACCGACUCUGACAUCGCAAAGGUGCUGCGCUACUACCCAAUCAGCAACGCUGCAAACGAUUCUAAUGCUGAUGAGUUUGCGACGAAUGGUGUCACUGGACCUAGUGCGCUCGAUCAAAGUUCGCUUGCUACAGGACAGCAGCAGCGUGCUAACAACCUUUACGCUGAACUGACUUUCGUAUGCCCGUCAUACUGGAUGGCAGAAGCAUACACUGGCAACAAUCGUACAUCAUACAAGUACCAAUUCAGCCCUCUCCCAGCCACCCAUGGUGCGGACGUACAAGGAUACUUCGGACAGCUAGGCUCAGUGCCAUACCUAAGCGCCGACUUCCAGCGCGCAUUCAUGAACAUGUGGGGAAAUUUCAUUACUCAAGGCAACCCAUCAAUAUCGGCUUCCGUAGCAGCUGGCUCUACUUCGUCCGAAAAUACUGCAGAUAUCACAGCUGCAACUCAAUGGCCAGCCUUCUCGGUCGCUGAACCGUACCAGCUCGAUCUCAACCAGACAGGUGGUGAAAUGGCUAUUGGUUCGCUGAAUGUCAACUCACCGGUCAACACGACUUACUUCACCGGACCAGGUCUCAUGAAUAACUUUACACUUGUUAAUGCAUACACGUGGGAGGAUGGACGCGGCAUGAGAUGCGACUUCUGGAGGAGCGUGGCCGAUAUUAUUCCUGCGUAA